GCAAAUAGGUCUGUGAAGAGAAUGUCAUUCGAUAGUCUUUUAAUAAGGACCCCUGCAAGCUGUUUUUUUAAUUAAAGUAAUUAUCCAGGGAAGAAAACAAUAGACUUGAAACUAAAUAUGUCAUUGAUACAAGGUCUACUUCAACUCAGACUUAGUCACUGAAAAUUUGCAUUAGAUCUUAGGUGAAUAAUUUGGUAACUGUGUUAAAUUCUUGCCAUCAGGAUGGGGAAACAGAACAGCAAGCUGCGCCCAGAGGUCAUGCAGGACUUGUUGGAAAGCACAGACUUUACAGAGCACGAGAUCCAGGAAUGGUACAAAGGCUUCUUGAGAGACUGCCCCAGUGGACAUUUGUCAAUGGAAGAGUUUAAGAAAAUAUACGGGAACUUUUUCCCUUAUGGGGAUGCUUCCAAAUUUGCAGAGCAUGUCUUCCGCACCUUCGAUGCAAAUGGAGAUGGGACAAUAGACUUUAGAGAAUUCAUCAUAGCUCUGAGUGUAACAUCGAGGGGGAAGUUGGAGCAGAAGCUGAAAUGGGCCUUCAGCAUGUAUGACCUGGAUGGAAAUGGCUACAUCAGCAAGGCAGAGAUGCUGGAGAUUGUACAGGCGAUCUACAAGAUGGUUUCCUCUGUGAUGAAAAUGCCUGAAGAUGAGUCAACCCCAGAGAAAAGGACAGAGAAGAUCUUCCGCCAGAUGGACACUAACAGAGAUGGAAAACUCUCCCUGGAAGAGUUCAUUCGAGGAGCCAAAAGCGACCCCUCCAUUGUACGCCUCCUUCAGUGUGACCCCAGCAGUGCUGGCCAGUUCUGAACCUUCCCACGCCACGAAUCCUAGAGCUUCUUGUGUUCCCUUUUGAUUCUUCUCUUUACUUUGUUGUUAUUGUUGGUUUUCUGGGUUUUUGGGGGGGUUUCUGGGGGUUUUUUUUGCCAAACAAUAUCGAUGGUGACACUGUCUCCUGUGCAGUCAGAUGCUUCUUCCUCUGUAACUCCCUCACCUGCAGCUGCUCUCAUCGUGGACGCUUCAUGGGAAUGCCCAGAGCCUCACUGCACUUGUGGGAAGCAUGAAAAGACUCUGUGGUGUUUGUCGUUCAGUGACUUCAAUUGUUGUGUUUUUUUUUUCUUUUGAUUCUAAUGUCUUGGUUCUGAAACCUAAAACUCUGGGGAAGGGCCAAGCAAAGGGAAUUGUAUGCAGCCCGGUGCAUUGAUUUGUUGAAAGUUUCCAGGAGUUUUGUUGGAAAGAUGAAAUUCCCCAGUUGGGUCUGUCUAUACAUAUUGUAGGGACUGAAAUGGCACCCGAGGCUGGAAUUCCCAAGAACAAGGUAUCCUUUGGGGUGAAGCUAUUAAAAACAGGUUGGGAUGUUUGCACUUCACCCUUCACCCCAACAGGCUGUAGUUUCUAAGCUGUGAACAUUUCAAAGUAGAUGAAUGGAGGAGAGAGAAAAGAUGGCUCAGCUAUUUUCUCAAGGUUUACAUUAGUUGAGCUAAGAUGAGUUUCUUUGGAAAUCAAACACAAAAGGCAAUGUAGUCCCAGAACCAGAUCCAUUUGUUGCCUCUUGUAAUUUCAAACAACAACAACAGAAGACUGCUGUAUAUAAAAUAUUGGGUAUUACAGACCAAAUUAAGUGUUUUGCCUUGUAAAUGCAUGUUUAGUGAGCACUAAUACAAUCUUAUUAUGGAA